AUGUCUUUGUAUUUGUUUAUAUUACUUAUCUUUCAUCUUUAUUUCAAGUCGAUUUCUUCAAUUGAAAAUCAAUUGCAUUUUUAUAUGGAUAAUCAAACGCUAUGUAAUCAGAAUCUAGUCGAUCUAACCGAUGCACCAACUUGGAGGGUGUAUUCGCACAGUCAUUUUCAUAACAAGUAUAUGUACUUUGCCGAUACACACUGUUCGAUAACCAUUCGCACGACUAAACGUGUGUGGAUGUCGAUCGAGUAUUUUCAAUCGAAUUCCAGUUCGUCGUUUCCACGUUGUACGGAAGCCAAAUAUGCGGGUGUUGACGAUCGAUUGCAAAUCAUUGAUGGUUUCAAAACCGGUUCAAUUUUACGGAUUAUCUGUGGCAAAGAUACUGAUCAACGUUUCGAUCGGACAGCACUGAUCCUGAAAAGUUCGAUAUUUACAAUCGACUGGCAAACGAAAAGUCAAGCGUUGGGUUUCGAAUUGAAAUUUGUCACUUAUGAUCUGUCCAGUGAUGGGAAAUGCUUCAAUUCAAGUCGUCAAUUCUACUGUCAAAAUCGGCGAUGUAUUGAUUCGUCAUUAAUAUGUUUCGACAAAGAUUAUUGCGGUGAUAAUAGUCAUUUGAAUAGUGUCGAAAGAAUGAAACAAUGUCGAACAAGAAUUGCGAAACAAAAACUUCAUAAUUGGUCAUGGAUGUUCAUUCUGUCGCUUGUUUGUUGUUGUGUACUGAUGUUAGUUCUUAUAACUGUCGGAAAGUUCUGUCAACAGCGGCGAAAAAAAUAA